AUGAGACACCUGAAGCACACUAGAUCCAUCUGCGAAUAUAUGGAGAAAUUUUUGAUCUUGCUGCUGAAGCUACUGAGGACGGAUGAGGAUGACAAACUUUAG